ACACACGCCUUGUACGCGUGCGCGCGCACACGCUCGACGCGGUUCUGUUGUUGUUUUUCCGGUUCUCGUCCGCCGCCCGCGCCGGUUUUCCUCCCCUCACGGAGAGGCCCUGAGGCGGCGGCGGCAGGAGCGGCGGGAAGCGGGAGGCCUCCGGAGCAGCGCGGAUAGAAAAGUGUUGCCGCAAUGUCUGACAGCGAGGACAGCAACUUCUCUGAAGAUGAGAGCGAGCGCAGCAGUGAGGCAGAAGAGGUGGAGGAGAACGAGGCUGAAGAGGAGCGUGUCAGCGUCGUAGGCAGCGAGAAAGAAGAAGUGGAGGAAGAGGAAGAAGAGGAGGAGGAAGAGUAUGACGAAGAGGAGGAAGAGGACGAUGAUGACCGGCCUGCGAAGAAACCCAGACAUGGCGGAUUUAUUUUAGAUGAAGCUGAUGUGGAUGAUGAGUAUGAGGACGAAGACCAGUGGGAGGAUGGUGCAGAGGACAUCCUGGAGAAAGAGGAAUUUGAAGCGUCCAACAUUGACAAUGUGGUUCUGGACGAGGAUCGCUCUGGAGCACGGAGGCUGCAAAACUUGUGGAGGGACCAAAGAGAGGAGGAGCUGGGCGAGUAUUACAUGAAGAAGUAUGCCCAGUCUUCGGUGCGCGAGACGGUGUACGGCGGCUCCGACGAGCUUUCUGACGACAUCACGCAGCAACAGCUACUGCCUGGAGUCAAGGAUCCCAACCUCUGGACUGUGAAAUGCAAGAUUGGAGAGGAGCGGGCCACAGCCAUUGCGCUCAUGAGGAAGUUCAUCGCCUACCAGUUCACAGAUACACCCUUGCAGAUCAAAUCGGUGGUUGCCCCCGAGCACGUGAAAGGGUACAUCUACGUGGAGGCCUACAAGCAGACGCACGUCAAGCAGGCCAUCGAAGGGGUGGGCAACCUCCGGAUGGGCUACUGGAACCAGCAGAUGGUGCCCAUCAAGGAGAUGACGGACGUGCUUAAGGUGGUGAAGGAGGUGACCAACCUGAAGCCCAAGUCGUGGGUGCGCCUCAAGAGGGGCAUCUACAAGGACGACAUUGCUCAGGUGGAUUACGUGGAGCCCAGCCAGAAUCAGAUUUCCCUGAAGAUGAUUCCCCGCAUCGAUUUCGACCGCAUCAAAGCCCGCAUGAGCCUGAAAGACUGGUUUGCCAAACGGAAGAAGUUCAAGCGCCCACCGCAGCGCCUCUUUGAUGCCGAAAAGAUCCGGUCUUUGGGCGGCGACGUGGCCUCUGAUGGGGAUUUCCUAAUCUUUGAGGGGAACCGCUACAGCAGGAAGGGCUUCCUCUUCAAGAGCUUUGCUAUGUCUGCUGUGAUCACAGAAGGAGUGAAGCCCACCCUGUCUGAGCUGGAGAAAUUUGAAGACCAACCGGAAGGCAUUGACUUGGAGGUGGUGACGGAAAGCACAGGGAAGGAGCGGGAGCACAACUUCCAGCCCGGCGACAACGUGGAGGUGUGUGAGGGGGAGUUGAUCAACCUGCAAGGCAAGAUCCUGAGCGUGGAUGGGAACAAGAUCACCAUCAUGCCGAAGCACGAAGACCUCAAGGACAUGCUAGAAUUCCCGGCCCAGGAGUUGCGCAAAUACUUCAAAAUGGGGGACCACGUGAAGGUGAUUGCCGGCCGCUUUGAGGGCGACACGGGACUGAUUGUCCGUGUGGAGGAGAACUUCGUAAUCCUUUUCUCCGACCUCACAAUGCACGAGCUCAAAGUCCUCCCCCGAGACCUUCAGCUCUGCUCGGAGACAGCCUCUGGCGUGGAUGUUGGCGGCCAGCACGAGUGGGGGGAGCUGGUGCAGCUGGACCCCCAGACAGUGGGGGUCAUUGUCCGCCUGGAGCGGGAGACCUUCCAGGUCCUCAACAUGUAUGGCAAAGUGGUGACCGUCAGGCACCAGGCUGUGAACCGGAAGAAGGACAACCGCUUUGCCGUGGCGCUGGACUCCGAGCAGAACAACAUCCACGUCAAAGACAUCGUGAAAGUCAUCGACGGGCCCCAUUCGGGUCGCGAGGGCGAGAUCCGCCACCUCUUCAGGAGCUUCGCUUUCCUGCAUUGCAAGAAGCUGGUGGAAAACGGGGGCAUGUUUGUGUGCAAGACGCGCCAUUUGGUUCUGGCCGGGGGCUCAAAGCCCCGGGAUGUCACAAACUUCACCAUUGGCGGCUUCCAGCCCAUGAGUCCUCGCAUCAACAGUCCCAUGCAUCCCAGCGCCGGAGGGCAGCGCGGCGGCUUUGGAGGAGGUGGGAUGAGCCGAGGCCGCGGGCGCAGAGAUAACGACCUCAUUGGGCAGACCGUGCGGAUUUCCCAAGGCCCCUACAAAGGCUACAUUGGCAUGGUCAAGGAUGCCACGGAAUCCACCGCCCGCGUGGAGCUACAUUCCACCUGCCAGACCAUCUCUGUGGACCGACAGCGCCUCACGACCUUCGGUUCAAGGAAACCAGGUGGCAUGACCUCCACUUAUGCACGGACACCCAUGUACGGUUCUCAGACCCCCAUGUAUGGGUCAGGGUCCCGCACGCCGAUGUAUGGGUCACAGACUCCGUCGCAUGAUGGAAACCGGACUCCUCACUACGGCUCUCAGACCCCCUUGCACGACGGCAGCCGGACCCCCGCGCAGAGUGGGGCUUGGGACCCCAACAACCCCAACACUCCCUCCAGGGCGGAUGAAGAAUUCGACUAUGGUUUUGACGACGAGCCCACCCCUUCUCCACAAGGCUACGGAGGAACCCCCAACCCACAGACUCCUGGCUAUCCCGACCCUUCUUCCCCGCAGGUUAACCCGCCGUACAACCCUCAGACACCUGGGACCCCAGCUAUGUAUAACACAGACCAGUUUUCUCCCUACGCCGUUCCAUCCCCGCAGGGCUCCUACCAGCCGAGUCCAAGCCCGCAGAGUUUCCAUCAAGUGGCACCUAGCCCAGUCGGCUACCAAAACACCCACUCUCCAGCCAGCUACCACCCAACACCGUCUCCCAUGGCUUACCAGGCUAGUCCAAGCCCUAGCCCAGUGGGCUACAGCCCUAUGACUCCAGGGGUUCCCUCUCCAGGAGCUUACAACCCCCACACACCAGGUUCCGGGAUCGAGCAGAGCUCCAGCGACUGGGUCACCACCGACAUCCAGGUCAAAGUACGUGACACCUACUUGGACAGCCAGGUCGUGGGGCAGACCGGAGUCAUCCGCAGCAUGACCGGUGGGAUGUGCUCAGUCUACCUUAAGGACAGCGAGAAGGUAGUCAGCAUUUCGAGCGAGCACCUGGAGCCUGUGAUACCAACUAAGAACAAUAAGGUCAAGGUCAUUCUGGGGGAGGACCGAGAGGCCACCGGCGUCCUGUUGAGCAUUGACGGAGAGGAUGGCAUCGUCCGCAUGGACUUGGAAGAACAGCUCAAGAUUCUCAACCUCCGCUUCCUUGGCAAGCUGCUGGAGGCCUAGAGAGGAAGAACCAUUUUUGUGUGGGUGGCUGCUUUAUUUCGUUGUUCUUCUUUUUUUUAAGCAUAUCACCUGCAGACUGGUACAGCAUGUCCUUGUACAGUUUUGCUCCAAAGAAAGUUUUAUUUUCCGUGUUCUUUUUUUCCUCUGUUGCUGCUUCUUUCCCCAGCUCAGCAGGUGAUUUCCUUUUUUCUGGGGGGUGGGUCGGGGGACAGUCUUGCAAAUAUGCAUAAAGUGACUUCAGCAGAAGCCUGUGGGUGGAGCACAGCCGUAUUCCCUUCUCUCUCUCUCUUUCUCGUAGCACCUUAGGCCCUCUGCUGCCAUCCAGUGUGUAGCUUGUUAUAAUAAAAUAGUCUCAUCCACCA